AUGGGUUUCGCCGACUUUUCUGCGGAUUCUGGCCUUGCCAUCGCCAACCAAUUCUUUUCCACACACAGCUAUGUUGAGGGAAAAAUUUGGUCCGUGUUUAUGAGGCGGCUUAAGACCCCGCUGAAUGACUACCCACAAAAGCGAUUUCGCACCUCUGACCUUGUUGCCCCUGUUCAGUGCCGAUUUAGCACUUUGCGAGUACGAAGCCUGACGAGCGUGACUGACGAAUGUAUUUACAGAUAUGCCCCAUCGCAGGCUGAUGUCGUGACAUACAAAGCUGUUCAGGGUGCCCCUGACGCUGCCAAAUAUCCUCAUUUCGCUCGUUGGUAUAAACACAUUACCUCGUACGAGUCGGAGCAUUCAUCCCUACCCGGAGACUCUUCUAAACCUUACACCGCAUAUGGCCCAGAGAACGCUGAUAUCCCAGUGAAUGUCAAGGCUGCCCCUGCUGCGGCUGCGGCUGAUGAUGAUGACAUGGAUCUUUUUGGCAGCGAGUCUGAGGAAGAGGACCCAGAAGUUGUAGCUGAGAGAGAGAAGAGACUGGCUGAGUACAGAGCGAAGAAGGCCGCCAAGCCCAAGCCAGCUGCUAAAUCUAUUGUUACAAUGGAAGUGAAGCCAUGGGAUGAUGAGACCGACAUGGCAGAGCUGGAGAAAAACGUCAGAGCCAUCGAAAAAGAUGGUCUUGUCUGGGGUGGCUCGAAACUCGUCCCUGUUGGCUUUGGUAUCCGGAAAUUGCAAAUCACUCUUGUCGUUGAAGAUGAGAAGAUUUCUCUCAGCGACCUCCAGGAGGAGAUCGAGGGCGAUGAAGACCAUGUCCAGUCUACUGACAUUGCUGCUAUGCAAAAACUUUGA